CGGGGGGUCACGUGCCCGGAAGUAGUUCCCUCACGUGGUCGCGGCGCGGGUCGGUCACGCGCGCUGUUUACAUGCGUGACGUCACGAGCCCCGCGGCCUCGCGAGGACACACGGAGUGAGUGGCACACGGGUGCAGUUGCCCCCAGCCCAGCCCGCCGAGGAAUGGGCGGCGAUGCUGCGAAGCGGCUGCACAGGCUGCGCUCGGGGCUACGGGCGGCGCGAUUCCACGGCAGCGGCAGAGAUGCCGGGGUCGCACUGCACGGCUUGGGUGACCACCUUCGCACCCUGGCAGCGGACCGCACGGUGACAAGUUUGUUACCAAAAGUUGAAGAUCUUUGCGAGGACGUGCUUGACGCCCUGGAGACAUUUAAAGGAGACGUGAACGUACAAGAGGCUGGGUUGGCACUAAUCUGCACCUUGCUGGGCGAGGUUGAGGCUACUGCAGGCUGCCAUGCCCUCGCGGGGUCCGUUCUCUCCCGCCGCUGCUGGCUGGUGGUCAGGGUCCUCGCGACACACGUGACUCACGUCUCCGUCCAGUCCCUCGGGCUGAGAGCCAUUGCGCUGCUGUGCACAUCAGUUGAAAUUCAACGGGCCCUAUUACACCAAUCUUUGGACGUUUUUUCUGUUGUUGUCACGGCCAUGAAAAAACAUCUGAUGAGUGAAGAGAUUCAGUUGCAUGGAUGCCAGGUGCUACAUACUUUGCUCCGUCAAGUGCCUGAGGAGGAGCUCGCCCAGUUCGUGGAGACCAAGGAGCACAGGGUCCUUGCCAGUGCUGCCUGGAGGUUUCCUGCUCAGCCCGAGGUCGUGUCUCACGCGCUCGCCGCCCUGCACACGCUCGCCGCUGUGGAGGAUAACUGCGAGGCCUUUAUGUCGGGCUCCGAGCGUUGCUACAAGCUGGCGGUGUCAGCCAUGAUGUCCCUGCCUGGCAAUGCAGCCGUGCAGGAGCGUGGCUGUGCGCUGCUGCUCCUGCUGUCCUCGUGUGGCUUUGGAGAUAUCCUGGUGCUGAACGGAGCCCACGGUGCCAUCCUGCAGGCCCUGCGCUCCUGCCCAGAGAGCGGCGCUAUCCAGGCCUCCGGGCUCGCCUGCCUCGCCCGGCUCGCGGAUGCCCUGGUGAAGCUGAGUGUCCGAGACGGGGAGGCGGAGAGGGGGAGGGAUGACGCUGAAGAGGAGAGCGUGCGGUGGAGCGUCCUCGUGGAUGGCGCUGCUUGCUGGCACUGGUUGGAGGAGGCCCAUGCUGCCCUGGAGAUGCACGGCGGAGACGCCGGCGUGCAGGAGAGUGCUUGCGUGGCUCUGGCUCAGCUCCUGUCCCAGCAGCCCAAGCUGCAGCUCUCUGUUGGAGAUGGUCCAGGCCUGAUUCCGGUGCACAGGGCAGUGGUGAUGGCUGUGGUGCUGCACCCUCACUCCGCAGCUGUGCUGUGUGCCGCAGCAGACGCCCUUCUCAGCAUGGCAUCUGCGUGCAUGGCCCAGGUGAAGUGCGCUCUGCUUGAGAAGCAGACGCUGACGGCGCUGCUGCAGGCCAUGGAGGAGCACGGGAGCUGUGCGCGCAUGCAGCGCGGCGCCUGUUUGCUGCUGUCGCUGCUGCUCGCCGGCCGCGCGGUGCCCCUGGACGUGAUGACGGUGGCGGUGAGUGCCAUGGCGCUGGCCAUGCGGAGGCACGCGGGCGAGGGAGAGGUGCAGCUCGCCGCCAUGAACGCUGUGAUUUCGCUUCUAUCUCCAGGUGAGGAAGGUGAGGAAGACGACAAGGUUGCGCCCUGCUCGGGGAGCGAGUCCCCCCAUCUGGCAGGAUCCCCUCCAUCUCCCGUGCAGGAGGAGCCCCUGAGUGGCGAGAUGCACCUCGCGAUCGUUCGAAACCAGUGCCUGGUGGAAGGGCUUCCUCACCUGGCUCUCAAGGCCAUGAACAAGUUCAUCAGCGAGCUUGCGGUGCAGGAGGCCGGCCUGAGGGUGCUGGAGUGUCUGGCGGCAGGAGAGGGAGCGCCCGAUUUGCUCCUGCAGCAGGGGGCCACAGACAGCACCCUGCACAGCAUGCAGACCUACCCACGAGAGCGAGACGUGCAGCUGGCUGGACUGAACAUCCUUGGCUUCCUGACUCCGCUUAGGGUCUGGGGUAGCACGACCCUCAGCGUUCUGGCCGAAGUCAUCACCGUGGCCAUGCAAGCCUUCGGCGAGUACGAGGACAUACAACUGCAGGGCUGCAGCUUGGCUUUGGCUCUGCUCAAGUCCAGCCCUCAGGCACCUAAGAUAUUCCUGAAGGUGUCAUUCCACAACAUUCUCUUCACCAUCAUGAAGUCGCUCAUCUUCAGGAACAAACAGUGUCAGUUCCUGGCGGUGUGCAGCCAGUGCAUGGUGUGCAUGACGAGGCGGCAGGGCGUGCGGGACUCCAUGCUGCGUGCGGCGAGCGAAGCCGGCGACGCGGAGCUUGCGGAGUUCCUCCUGCUGAUGGACGCCGACCCCAACGAGAGCACAGGCCACGACAGCUUGCUCUGCAAAGCUUGUGCCCAGCAAGACGUCGCUCUGACGGAGCUGCUGCUGAAGCACGGCGCCUGCGAGGCGGACGUGCACGCCGCCCUUCGGCAGAGCCUGGCACGCGGCAACGCGGACAUCGUGGGCCUCCUGCUGCACAGGCUCGGCAGCGACCCGGCCAACAAGGCCGUGUCCCUGGGGCGACUCCGUCUGGCUUCCCUCCACGCCGCGUGGCUCCGGCCGCUGUUCACGCAGUCAAAAAGACACGCUGGCAGGACCGGAUUGGGUGUCGGCUCGCGGGUUGCUGGCUUCGUGCUGCAUUGGCUGGAGGAAGCCGGCUCGCCUGCUGUGGGCGGCAGUGUCCCCGCCAGCCUGUGGGAGAUGGACCUGGGAGGAAGCGCCCUGUGGGACGGAGCCCUCAUGGGGAACAGCUUUGGGAAGGAUGACACGGAUGGGACGAAGCUCGCGUUCAAACUCUGGGGAGACGUAUCAGGUGUGGCGUGUGAUGCGAGUGUGGAAUCGCCGAGCCCCCCGGCGUCGCAGAAGACCCAGGAAGGCGUGCACGACGUAGUGCACAGCGUAGACCUGUCCGGUAACGAGCUCUCUGGCGACAUAAGCGGGGUGCUGCUAACCCAGUGGCUCAUGCCUCACCUCUCCAAGCUGCUUCGGCUGGACCUGCAGCAGAACCGCCUGACGGCGAUUUCCCCAGCUCUCGCCACCGCGCUUAAAAGCCUCACUUCACUGAACCUGAGCGACAACGGCUUUCAAGAAUUCCCUCUAGCUGUGCUGCUGAUAGAAAGCCUCGUUUACCUGGGCCUCUCUCACAACUUCCUGGCGUCGCCACUUCGCUUCGACAGCCCCGUUCGGUGCUCCCACCUGCGCACUCUAAACCUGUCCCACAACGGCAUGGCGGCGUUUCCCGAAGGGCUCCCCUCGUCCUUCGGCAACCUGGACGAGCUGCUCCUGGAAGGGAAUAAAAUAAAAUCUAUCCCAACCGGUCUAACCCUUCCACACCUGCGGCACUUGGACGUGAGCCGGAAUGACCUAGGAGGCCUGCCGGGAGACCUGGCCACGGCGUUCCCAGCCCUGGAAACCCUCCUCAUCUCCCACAACCGCUUGGGAUUGGUGGGAAACCUACCCAGUAAGUUAAGCACAGUAAAACUAUCAGACAAUGAGCUGGACGCCGUGCCAUCAGCCAUCCUCAAUUUACAACAGUUGAGGGUCGUGGACCUCGGAAGUAACUGCAUCACGGUGGUGCCGAGGCCCAGCCUCUGGAGGACUGGGAUGCUGAAGGAGCUGCUGCUGGGCAACAACCUCGUGGAGGCCGUCGAGCUGACGGGGGCCUCCGGGACCUGGGCCCGCCUUGAAAAGCUGCACCUCGGACACAACCGAAUGACAGAGGUCCCAAAAGGGAUCGGACAAUUGGAGAGCCUCACGUCACUGGACCUGAGCUACAACGACAUCACGACCCUGCCCAACGAGCUGGGCGGGUUGCACCGCCUCUGGGACCUGCAGCUCGACGCUCUCAAGCUCGACCUGGACCUCACACAGUUUGGGAAAACCAAAGACUUGCUGAGGUUCCUGUAUCAUCGGCUGCGGAAGGCCGUUCCCUACAACCGCAUGAAGCUGAUGGUGAUGGGCAGCGCGGGACGCGGCAAGAGCACGCUGCUGAGACGGCUGCAGCGCGAGAAGCUGCUGGUGUCCACGGCGACGCUGGGCGUGGACGUGCGCGACUGGGCCGUCCUCCACCGCCAGCGCAAAUUCGUCCUCAACUGCUGGGACUUUGCGGGGCAGGAGGAGUUCUACAGCACCCACCCGUGCUUCAUGUCUCAGCGGGCGCUCUACGUCCUGGUGUACGACGCAAGCCGGGGCCCCAACGAGGUGGCCAGCCUCAGGCCGUGGCUCAUGAACAUCAAGGUGCGGGCUCCACUGUGUCCGGUCAUCCUCGUGGGGACACACGAAGAUAAAAUAGCCGCUGAAGAAAAGGAAACGCUGAUGGGGAGUAGCGUGCGCUGCAUUGAGGAGCUCUGCACAGAGAUUCAGCUGACGAACAUCGUGGACCACAAGGUGGUGUGCUGCCUGGAGGAGAGCGGCAACAUCAAAUCGCUGAGAGAAAGCAUCGUCCAAGCGGUUAGAGACUUUAAGAUUAAAGGGCAGCCCGUGAUGGGGCAGCUGAUCCCGCACAGCUACGGGCAGCUGGAGGAGCGGCUGUGCGUGGAGCGCGGCUGCCUGGCCGCCGGUUUCCCCGUGAUCUCGCGCUCGCGCCUCCAGGAUCUUGUCGCCGACAGUCAGAUCCCUCUGGACAGCGAGGAGCUGCCGCACGCCACGAGGUUUCUGCACGAAGCUGGUGUGCUGCUGCACUACGACGACCCCGCCCUGCAGCUCACGGACCUCUACUUCCUCGACCCCCAGUGGCUCUGCAGCUUAAUGGCCCAGGUGGUGACGGUGCGUGAGGUGAACCCCUUCGGCAGCACGGGGCUGCUGCGCCGCGCCGACGUGGAGGGCUUCUUGCUGCGGAGGAGCGGGUUCCCCCAGGAGUACGUCGGCCACUACAUCCGCCUGCUCGAGCGAUUCCAAAUCGCCCUGCCGCUGGGAGACCAUGGCGACACGCUGCUCGUGCCCAGCAGCCUCCCUGAAGGGCGUCCCGCACUGGAGCUGCCGGGGGAGCCGGGGGAGCUGGUGCUCACCCGCUGGUACUGCAUGCCCUACUUCCCCAUGGGCUUCUGGGCUCGCCUCAUUACCAGAAUACUCGCCUUCUCGUCCUACAUGCUCUCCGCACCAGGUUCCUUUCUGCAGCCCUCGCGAAAAUACUGGCGCCAGGGCCUCUCCCUGCACUGGGGCCCAGAUGCCUACUGCCUUCUGGAGGCCGCAAACUUGAAGUACUGUCCGACAGACAGCAGCCUCAAGAUCACCGUGCCCAACUCCAAGAGAGGCUGGGUGCUGCUGGGCCGCGCUGUGGACCACGUGGACUCGCUCAUUGAGGAGUGGUUCCCCGGGCUCCUGGAGCCUCACGACGGCUCUGAGAGCAGCGCCGCGCUGCUGCACCAGUGGGCCGGGCUGGGGCCCGCGGACGACGCGCAGCCGCCCUGCGUGCGCUUGGCCGCCCUGCAGGACAUCGCCGAGUCCGACGACGUCGUGUUCUUUCCGAGAGUCGGGGAGAGGCACUUGAGCGGACAAGAGGAGGAACGGGAGCAGGAGAGCAGGAUCCCCAUUGCCCAGCUGGCGCCCGAUGUGGUGCUGGCCGACGUUCCCGACCACCUUCAGCUCGACCUGUCCAGCUUCAGCCUGGAGCAGUCUGCCGAGCACCUGUUAGGUGAAGGAGGGUUUGGAUCGGUCUACCGGGCGCUGUACGGCGGAGACCAAGUGGCCGUGAAGAUCUUCAACAAACACAUCUCUCAAACGCAUCCGCACCGCCUCAUGAGACAGGAGUUGGCAGUCCUCAGCCGCUCGCGCCACCCAUCGCUCGUGUCCCUCCUGGCCGUGGGGCUGCGCCCACGGGUUCUGGUAAUGGAGCUGGCGCCACGGGGCUCCCUUGCCGGCGUGAUGGAGCGGGAGGGGGAGCUGCACCGCACCCUCAAGCACCGCAUCGCCCUGCACGUUGCACAUGGCCUACGGUUUCUGCAUGCCUCCAUGAUCAUUUACCGCGACCUGAAGCCAGACAAUGUGCUGCUGUUUACGCUGCAACCAAACGCAGCGGUCAUCGCCAAGAUUGCCGAUUACGGCAUCGCACGGCACUGCUGCACCAUGGGCAUGGUAUCUCCCGAUGGCACACCCGGCUACCGCGCCCCCGAGGUGGUGAAGGGAGGCGUCAUGUACGACCAGCAGGCCGACGUGUACGCGUUUGGGCUCCUGCUCUACGACCUGCUGACGGGCGGGCGGCGCAUCGUGGAGGGGCUCCGCUAUCCCCACGAGUUUGACGAGCUCGCCUCCAGCGGGAAGCUGCCCGACCCAGUGACUUACUACGGCUGCAGUCCGUGGCCAGACGUGCAAGAACUCAUCGCAGCCUGCCUGCAGCCAGAGCCUCAGCACAGGCCCGCAGCCUCACAGCUCGUGUCACGUUUGGCCUCCCCUGAGUUGCUGAGCCUGGUGGCCGUGGUGGCUGCCCCUGUGAAGAGGCCACCUCCUGACCUCGUGGUGGUCGGCCAACUGGACGGCCCCAACAUCUGGCUGUCCGGAGGAGAUGAACCUCGGGAUGGUUCUUCCGGAGAGGCCGAGAGCGAUCUACAAAUUAAUGGAAAAGCAGGGGAGGAGGAGGGCCCCUUGCAGCCAUCGGAUGAAACAACGGCUGGGGUUGAGCUCUGCUGCCUUGACCUCACUGGGAAGGUUCUGCACAGGGAGGUGCUGCCAGACCAGCGGGUGCUGAGCUUGUGCUCGGCGGAGGUGAACAAGCGUCAGUGGGUGCUGGCGGGGACACGGUCGGGGCGCGUGUGGGUCGUGAGCGCCGCCCCCGAACGUAGCCGCCACUCCCUGCACUGCCUGUCGGAGCCGGUCACGGCGCUGAUCUUCGUCGCUGCCUACCAGAACGCAAGUGCAGUGCUGGCCGGGACGGCGAAUGGGACGUUGGCUGUGUUCGUUGUGAACUCACUCGAGACUCCCGGCUGUGUCGUGAACACGGUGCACGGCGUGGGCUCGCCGGGCCGGCCCGUCACGUGCCUGACCGUGGCGCCUUCUGCGCCGCUCGACAGGACCGUGUGGGGUGCGUGUGGGACGCAGCUGUUCGCUCUCAGCAAUAACUUACAAGUGGCCAAAGUCAUCGAAACUACACCCAUGGGAAGCAGGAGAGGCGCGGUUCCUGGGUCGUCCGUUGCAUGCAUGGCCGUGGGGAAGCAGGUCUUCACGGCGACGGAGGGCACGUCCCGGCUGCAGGUGUGGGACAUGAGGACGGACUGGGGCCACGGAGCCAUCGACUGCGCACCGCUACUCAGGGAGCAGUACGGGCGAGACGGGCAAGCGGCACAUGUGCAGAGCCUGCUGGUCCAGAGGAACACGGCGCUGUGGGUGGGCACCAGCGGUGGGGUCUUGCUCCUGCUGGACGCGCUGUCCCGGCAGCCCCUGCUCGUCACACAGCGGCUGCAUGGACCGCUCCGCCACCUUCUUCCUGCGCAGAGCUCCUCAGAUCGUUAUCCAAAGAAUUUAAUAUUUGCACUUGGAUCAAACAUUGCAAAGAAGGAUGACGAAGCUGGUGCUGUGUGCGUUCUGGUGUGGGAUGCCAACUUGCCACACCACGCACGGAACCUGCAAAACCACCUGGCUGUCCGGCAGGAUUUGGAGGCCAAAAUGCUGAAUGGAACCUUCGUGGAAUGAUAUUGAAAUACUUUGACAGCCUGACGAGAGUGUCUUAAUUAUGUCAGCCUCAAUUAAACUGCACUACAAAUGACCUAUUUACAAUAGAAAUACACUGUUGCCUUGCUAAAUACUGAGAUUUUUAAAGCACAUCCCCCAAAACACCCUUCCCUGUCCCCUGGAUGGAGCUGAAGGAAAAUCAGUAAUGUCCCAGUGAGAGAUAUCCUAUUUAACCAAAGUAACACUAAGAAAGUAACAACUACAGAAGCACAUAUUUGGUUUACAAUCCUUGUUGAGGACUAGCGUUGCUGCUUUACAUCAAAAUAUUUAUGCUGUGGGUUUGUUUACUUAAGUUUCUCUCCAGCGAACUGUUAUUUACUUGCAGAAAUGAAAAAAUUGUGGUCUGGUUGCAAGGGAAAUAAAUCGAUCAAAGAAUAAACUGUUUACAAUCA